AUGAGCGUCGGCCACUUACUGGUCAUCACAAUCAUGGUAACGAUUCAUUGCCCCAUUCGUGAGUUUCUUUGUUUAACUUUGUUAUUGUUUUUAGUUCCAUCCAAAACCACGCAUCCCCCAUGUUGUCGGGAUACCCUGAGUCAAGUAACUUGUCAGCGAUUACAACGAGUAAACGCAUCCACCUUCGGGCAUCGAUGUAAUUCAGAUGUGGAAUUUAGGUAAAAUGUAGCCGUCGAUUGAUCGCAAAAGUAUAACAAUUGGUCUGAAUUAUCGUAUUUUAGACUAAUUCAAUGUUGCGCGACUUGUAAUCGAUUCAAAGGAGCAAUAGAUUACGACCGGAUUGCCGAAUCUCUCGUACAAAGUCAAUGUUUCGAUCGUUAUGGAGAUGUGUUUUGCAAGAGAUACGUCGAUGCUACAGAUGUCUGGGAGAUGAAACAACGGCCCUGUGAUGGGAAUAACCCUUAUAUCGCGUUCAGGUCUUGCCGAAAAAGCUGUGGGUUCUGUGAUUUCUCCCAGGUCAAGUACACCCUUCACAACGCCCUCGAGGCAUGCAGGAUGGUCGAUCGAUUACAGACGAGAUAA